AUGAACUUCACGCCAACUGCAUACAAGUCUUCUGCCCCUCAGAACCUCCACAAUCUUUUGUCUAGUUCUCUCCUUAAUCAAGAGCAUUCAGGCACUUCUCCGAGUCUGUCAACACCGGAAACAAGCACACCUUCACCUCUUCUGGAUACCUUUGGUCUAUCUCAAGAUGCGUUUCUAGAUACCAGUCAGAAUAAUCUUAAUCAGCCUCAACCUUUGGUGGGUUCCUCGUCCUGGAACAGACAUGGCAUGCAACCACUUAGUAUGCAAAAUCGAAAUGGAUAUAUGCGCUCGUCGGACCAAAUUCAAAGCCUUCUAGAAGAUAACGAGCACCUUCGCCAAGAGAAUCUUGUGUUAUCUGGUCGUGAACCUCUUACUCCACAGGCUCCACCCAUCGACCAGUCAAAGCUUCGGUUCUUCACGCUGACACAAUUCAACGCCUGGCUCAAAUGUGCGGACGCUAAUAUGAAAGAACGCGGACAGUUACCUUUUCUAGAGGACAUGAAUGGCCAACCUCUCUCACGUGAGAAAAAGGCUGCGAUCUGCCAGAGUAUGCGAGAGCUAUGGCGAGGUUUCAAGAUAAAAAAACCAAGCACCUUUGAAGUGGAAGAAAGCACGCACCUCAAAGAUCAAAAAGCCAUUGUCAAAUCGAAGACGAUCAAAUCUGAACCAUCUUCCGUUAACUCAGAGAAUGACAAGAACAAACCAGCGCUUCCAGCUGAGAAGCCAGCAAAAAAACACUCACUUACAGUGUCGUCUAACGAGGACUCGAGUGACGAGCUUGUUGAAUCUCCACUACUUUCCAAGAAGGCGAAGUUGCAUCACGCCAAUCUCGAUCCCCCCAUUUCCUUAACGCCUCCCACUGAGAUCACAACCUCCGACCAAAGCCCUCACGUAAUGCUUCCCACUGAGAUCACAACCUCUGACCAAAGCCCUCACGAUGUAAAUGUUAUCAGUAUUAGUAUGCCACCGGUUAUCAUUCCAGUAAUAAAGAAUCCACUUAAAUCAAGUGUUCGUCCUCUCCCUCGCAUGAUUUCAUCCACUAUGACCACCACCGUGACUCCCCAUAUCAAUACCCCUUCAAGUCCCCCAUCUCCCGGGCCAUCUAAUAACACCCCGCCGCCAGCAGUACCAGCUGCUCCGAGUCCGAUAACACCAGCAUCAACGACAAAUGCAAAAUGCAUGCGACCUGGCCUGAACAAGAACAGACGCACGCUUUGCACUCACCGCUGGCUAAAUGCGGUCACGAAGGACAGCACAACAACCGACUUUAAGAUCUAUUGGACUGCCUUGUCGAAGGACACAAAAAAACAGUCUUACGAGCUCAUUCUCAUCAGCAAUACGAGCUCGAAGCUGCUCAAUUGGUUGCCUCAGGCAUCUGGCACACGAACACGGCCAAUGUUAUCCUCAAUGUAUCAAGCAGAACAGUCUACUAGCCGAAUGAACAGGAUCGUUAGCACGUAG